GUGUGUGUGGAUUAGCUCGUGUCACGUCACGGCUGUGCUCGGUAUUUUUAACCGGCUUUACAAGAGCAUCUUCAGAGCAAAGCGGGCGUUAACGGAGCCGCAGGCGGAGAUUCUCUCAUUCAUGCCUCUGUAGACGCUCGGGAAGCCGCUAUGUCUGUGCAAACCCCGCUUCAGGUGGUCAACAUCCCCUGGAGGAACAACAACUUGAGCCUGAUGAGCCGCGACCCGCCGCUGUCCGAUCAGGGAGAGACCAUCAUCGGUGUCUACCUGCUCAUUCUGGGUUGGUUGUCGUGGUUUGGCAACAGCAUCGUGAUCUUCGUUCUGUUCAAGCAGAGAUCGUGUCUCCAGCCCACCGACUAUCUGACGCUCAACCUCGCCGUCUCUGACGCCAGCAUCUCCGUGUUCGGAUAUUCCAGAGGAAUCCUCGAGAUCUUCAACGUCUUCAGGGAUAACGGAUACCUCAUCACCUCUGUGUGGACGUGCCAGGUGGACGGCUUCUUCACGCUGGUCUUCGGUCUGGGCAGCAUCAACACUCUGACCGUCAUCAGCAUCAGCAGAUACAUCAAGGGCUGUCACCCCAAUAAAGCUCACUGCAUCACCAGCGCCACCGUGCUCAUGUGUGUCAUCUUCAUCUGGACAGGAGCCCUGUUCUGGUCCGGAGCCCCGAUCCUGGGCUGGGGAAGCUACACGGAUCGUGGAUACGGCACCUGUGAGAUCGACUGGGUCAAAGCCAACUACUCCACCAUCCACAAGUCCUACAUCAUCUCCAUCCUCAUCUUCUGCUUCUUCAUCCCCGUGCUGAUCAUGCUGUUCUCGUACGUCUCCAUCAUCAACACGGUGAAGCGAGGUAACGCCCUGUCAGCGGAGGGAGACCUGACCGACCGACAGCGCAAGAUCGAGAGAGACGUCACCGUCGUGUCUGUAGUGAUCUGCACGGCGUUCAUCCUGGCCUGGUCUCCGUACGCGGUCGUGUCCAUGUGGUCAGCGUGGGGUUUCCACGUGCCGAGUCUCACCAGCAUCUUCACGCGGCUCUUCGCCAAAUCUGCCAGCUUCUACAACCCUCUCAUCUACUUCGGCCUGAGCUCCAAGUUCCGGCGAGACGUGAGCGUGCUGCUGCCCUGCGGCGGCGAGGCCAAAGACGCCGUCAAGCUCAAGCGCUUCAAAGAGGUCAAGGGGAAGGCAGACGGCGCGGGGCUCCAGAGAUUCAGAGCCGACGCCGAAGAGAACCGCGACUUACACAAGAACGAGAACAAAUACCAUCCGGCAAACCCCGCCCCCAGCCCUGACUCAGGGGUGGGCAGUCACCAGGAGACUCCGCCCCCUGCAGGUAAACAGGUGUUCUUCAUCGACGCGCCCGAGCCGUCAGACACACCUGAGUCCGAAUGCAUCAGACUCUAGAUCAUCUGCGCUUACGAGUUUGAUUUUAUAUUUCAGCUACUUUACGAAAUUUCAUGAUAACCAUAAAAAGCGUGAAAAGCUAUUUUUAUAAACGAUGGAUGUAAAUGUGAACUGUGUUUUUUUUAAUAAGUGUGUACAUCAGCAUUAAUAAAGAUAGUUUUGUGUUUAUAUGCAGUUCAUCAGCAUUUUUUUCCUAGAGAUUUGAUUGUGGUUAAGUGUUCCCUUUCGUCGCUACGACGGAUUUCUGUCAGUUCAUAAAGAGUCACUUGCUUCAUUCAUGAAUGAAUCAGC